AUGAUUUCAAAGGAUGAAGUGCUUUUCAUGCAACGGCCAAGGAAUAUAACUCCCGUUAUUCAGCAAUUGAUUAUAACAUUGAAUAAAUCGGGUAUUGGGCCUUCAAAAACUUUAAACGUGUUAGGGGAGUUAACGGGUGGCUUGGAGAAUAUUGGAUUUGGUAAUCAAGAUGUUCGGAAUGUAUUGCGUGAUAUUCGACAUUAUGUGUUUGAUUCGAGUGAUGCUUUAGAGGGUUUGGCAUUACUUCGAGAAUUGAAACGUAAUAGUCAAGGUGAAUUUUUCUAUAAAGUUGACGUGGACGAGGAAAAUCGUGUGCGGGCCAUGAUGUGGGUUGACCCGAGAUCAGUCAAUGCCUACAAAAAUUUCGGAGAUGUUGUUUUUGACUCCACAUAUCGUACUAAUAGGUAUUGCAUGCCGUUCGUGCCAUUUACGGGGGUAAAUCACCAUUAUCAGUCGAUUUUGUUCGGAUUUGCCCUGAUAAGGGAUGAGACCGAAGAAUCUUACUUAUGGGUGUUUAAGAGUUGGUUGGAGGCUAUGGGGAACGUGGCUCCACAAACGAUCAUCACCGAUCAAGACAUUGCUAUUGGAAAUGCUAUUGCCGAAGUUUUGCCUAACACAAGUCAUCUAUAUUGUGGGAGGCAUUAG